ACACAUCAUAUGAUUCACGAAGAAUUUGUUUAGUAUUUCGUCUCGACAAUAUUUUAUUCUCAAACAAAUCACUUGAAUUUGUCUUGUCUGUGAGUGCUUAGUGACGGGCUUAUUGUCAAGCCAUUGUGAAAAAAAUUCCAAGAAAAGUGAACUCAGUGUUAAAGCGUUUACCAAUGAUAUUGUAGUGUUUAAGUGAUGGGUAAUCAUAGUAGUCAUGAAAAGAGUGCUACAGAUGGUAGUGGAAGUGGGACCAGCACCCCGCGAGGUUCUACUCGUGGGACGAGGUCUGGGUCCAGCGGGGAGCUGCAAGGUCAGCAAGAAAAAGCGGAAAGCCAACCUUUGUCACUCGUCCCUGUAGAAAAACUCGGCAAGUUACUGGUUCAACGAUCCCAGAAAGAAGAUGGCGUCAAUGGUGUCACAGAAAAUUCAUUCACAAAGUACCUGUUCCCGCGGUACCCGGAGCUGGCGCGGCAGUUCUACCGCUACAUCCACAAGCUGGGCAAGUGCAAGAACAAGCACAUCCCGCUGGCCGCGUUCCGCCAGCAGUGUGAGAGGAUACUCGCCAUGUUGGACGAUAGUGUCAUCAUCGAGACUUAUGUUAGAAUGUUCUGCACCGACACAGAGGAGGCAACGGUGACGCCAGACGACUUGCGAAGCCUCCUGUAUGUUAGCUAUAAGUUAUCUAUGGACUACUACCCUGAAGGACCACAGACUUGUUUGCUGAUAAAUAAAACGUUAACAGCAGUGGUCAAAGGCUGCUUUAACAACAAGGACUCGCACAGCGUGGGCUUCGUGGUACGCUGGUUAGAGGAGCACUGUCACCGCCUUAUAUUCCCUGUUCACAGGUACUGCGUUCACUUGUUGGCCACUCGGCACCGCGAGCUGGAGACGCAGCUGGAGGCGAGCCCCGGCGAGAGCGGCACGGGCAUCGAGCUGGCGACCCCGGUGCUGGAGCGCGCCGGGCCCAGCGCCGCGCUGCUGCCCACCUCCGCAGCGUGGCUGGUGGCCGCGGCACUGCCUCAGGUGUACACGCGGCCGCUGCGCCCGCCGCCGGGCACGAGCGCCAGCGCGGCGUGGCUGUCGCGGCUCGUGUGCGCGCUGCCCUCGCACUGGGCGCCGCUCUACUCGUCCGGCGAGCACGGGCUCGGCGCCAACCGCUUCCUGCACCACACGCUCGCCUACCGAGGCCCAACGCUAGUGGUGGUGUCAGGCGGGAGCGCGGGGGACGACGAAGUGCGCGUGGUGGUCGCGUCGCCGCAGGAGUGGCGCGAGACGCACCAGUACUGGGGCAGCGCCGACUGCGCGCUGCUGCAGCUCUACCCCAAGUUCUGCGUGGUGGAGGUGGGCGCGCGUAUGCUGUACCUGAACACGCACAUCCGCGGCUACCCGCGCGGGCUGCGCGCCGGCGCCGACCCGAGGGCUCCACUGCUUGAUAUUAACGACGCCUUCGACGGCUUCCGCUUCCAGGGCGUGCCCUACCAGCUGAGGGCUAUUGAGGUGUGGGGCUGCGGAGACCAGGCAUUGCGAGAGACACAGCUCGAUAUCAAGAAGUGGCAGGUGAAGGAGGCCGAGCGCCAGAGGAAUGUAAAGAUCUCAGCAGCGGACUGGAUAGAGCAUCCCGACAGAUAUUUACUAGAGUUGGCGGGUCGGCCGCAGUACAAUAACUCUGCGUCAUAGAUAACUUACAAAAUACACCAUUUUAAUACAUAGAAUCGAUAUCAUUUUACUAUAACUAGGCUUCA